UCUUCCUCUCCGUCUCUCUCCUCAGUCUGCAGCCUCCGACAGCAGCCGCCGCAUCAUUUUUCAGAGCAGCUGCCCCCUCCCUGCCUCCCUUCCUCUCUCUUUCUCUCACCCACCCCGUCCUCGCCUCUUCUCUCUCUCUCUCUGUCUCUCUCUCUCUCUCCGUCGCCCCUUCUGCUGUUCGCACCUCCGUGGGAAUGCAGAGGAGGGUAGACGACUCGCAGAAUCAUCCUUUUGGAGAAAUAUGUUUUAUGCAUUUUUGCCCCCCUCUCCAUCAUUAAGACGGAGGUCCGAGACGCACGGGAAAUAAUCCGAUCGGUGCUGGCCAGCGCCUGGAGACUGGACCUGGAUCAGCUGGAUUUUGCCAGCAACAAACAUCACCCCCCUCUCCCUCUCUCUCUCUCUCUCUCUCUCUCUCUCUCUCUUUUCGGUCUUGUUUGCAGAUCGCUUCAGAUUCGUUCUGAGCCGACUCGGUUCAGUUUCGUGGCUCUUACCCGGCUUGGAUUAUGAUUAACGCCGUCAUUUGAAACCCUGAGAGGGGGUUGGCGAGGGGGGUGGCUUUCAGAUGAAAAGUUGAAACAGCCUGGCAAAGACAAGUGACAAACGGCGAGCUUUUUUCUUCUGCGUACAUUUUAAUGUAUAGAGUGAAAUGAACUCAUGUGACAUCUUGGAGCGGCAGAGGUUUGCGUUUUUUAAGGACCCCCAUGCGACCGAUAAUCAUCCAACAUACAGAGGAGAAGGCUGCAGCCGCGUCCUGGCUUCUUCUUGGUCUCAGUGCGCUCACAGCCACAUGGAUUUACAGCUCCAGUUUGGGGGAUCGAUAUAAAUAAAUAUAUAUAUACCAAUCCUUGGGACGCUUUUUUUUUUACACUGGAUUGAAGCAUCAUCGGAUUUAUCACCGCUUCAUUUGCGCCAACCUACAGUGAAGCGCCCCUUUCCCCCAACACCCCCCUCCCCCUGCGCCCCUCCUCCUGCUGCUUGGCUCACCUGUCCAUAACCUGUAUGGUCCUGGGAAGCUGGAAUAUGAUUAUGCAUCGGUGCUCUUGCGCGCGAGCUUUUGUAUGUGUGUGUGUUGUGUGUUGUGUGUGCGCGUAUGUCUGAGUUUGGUUUCUUGUCCGCCAGAGGGAGUGUAGGUUAUGUUGCUUUUGAAUGCAUUUGAGUGCAGUGCCAGCUUUUAAUUAGAACGUGACUGUGAGUGGAUUGUGUCUGCUUGUGUUUUUCUUUUUUAUGUCUGUGCAUGUCGGUAUUCAAGCUAAAAACAUACUUUGUGUACUCACUUAAAAUGUGCGGCAUCCCUUCUGCACCACGUCGUCUUUACAUAUGCCUGUGUACUAUCAGGCCACCUGUUUGACCUCCCAAACACGCUGAGAGACAAGAAAAAAAAAAGAGCUACGGCAGGAUGAGUGAGCACUCUGGUGCAAGCACUCUGGCAGCCAUGACGCUGGAGGAGCCAGGGGCUGAACAAGCGUCCCCUCGAGCCCCGGGCCCUCUCCGCUGUGGCCCGUGUGCCGUGUGGCCUCGCCAGCAGACCUGGCUGUGCGCUGUACCCCUGGUGAUGGGAUUUGUGGGAUUGGGACUCAGUCUCAUGCUGCUCAAAUGGAUUGUGGUUGGCUCCGUGCAAGAUUAUGUCCCCACGGAUCUGGUUGAUCCCAAAAGUAUCAACGGCCAGGACCCCAUAUUCCUCUCAAAACCUAGUGCCAUGCCCAAGGGGCCUGACAUUUCCACGGCCACCACUUCUUUAGCCAUAUCUACGACGGCGGUGGUUUCAAUGACCACGCCGCUUGCAGAGGAUGGUACUGCCCCAGCGCCAAGAACUCGAUCUGGUCCACCAGCAAACCAUUCGGCAAAUGGCAGCAACCCCAAUGGGGACGGCAACCGAGCCCCGCACCUGCACAACCGAGUUGGCAGCCGAGUCAGCGGGACUGCAGUUACAACUUCUGCCACCCGUGCCACUCGCCUCACCCCAGCGCCCAGCGGCAAGGAGGUCACGCCUCGCAGUACUGUUAGGAAAGGAAGCAGCUCUGCCAACGGACGCAACGGAGCCGCCAACCAAAAACCAGGACAGACUCCUCCUACAAUCACCACCACAACAUCCACCACCACGACAGCUGCCGCCAAGAGCACCGCCAAGACACAGCCGAGCACCACCUCCCAGCCCGCAGCCCCCGUGAAGCCCACAUCCCGGUGGAACCAGGGUCGCCCAGGGAGGGGCCCGGUCACACGGCCACACCGCUUCAGAACUCCACUUGCCCCAACACUUCCAAGUGUACGUUCAGAGGUCUUUAAGCCGUGUGUGGAGGAUAAGGACCUUGCCUUCUGCCUGAAUGAAGGAGAAUGCUCCAUCAUUGAAACCGUGGCUGGGGUUCACAGACACUGCAGAUGUAAGGAGGGCUACCAUGGACUACGCUGCGACCAGUUUGUACCCAAGUCUGACGCCAUCUUGUCCGAUCCAACGGACGAACUCGGGAUUGAGUUCAUGGAGAGUGGUGACACCUACCAGAGGCAGGUGCUGUCCAUCUUCAGCAUUGCCUCGGGGAUCUGUCUUCUCGGAGUGGCAUGCAUGGCUCUCUACCGCCGCAACAAAAGACACCGGGAAAAGCUCCAGGCUCACUUCUCCGACAGCCGCAGCUUGAGAGAGUGCAGUGUCAAUGCCUCUGGCCUCAUGUCCAAGUCUGCUCCCAGGAUUCAAUACAGCCUUCAUCUCCAAAAAGGUUGCAGAUCUCAUGGAUCAUCUCUUAAGGGCAACAGUGUGGCACCAGGUUCAUCCACAGUCACCCCACCUAUUCUGAGCAAAGCGCUGUCGAAAGGGAAAUGCUUCAGGAGUAGUUCCCUUUCACUCAGCCCAGCACAACAGCGGAGAGAGCUCAACCACUUCAGGACCCCGCCCAUUUCCAGGGGGAAGCACAAAAUAUCGACAAGUCUAAUUGAUGGCUCCAGAGUAGCCGGGCAUGUCUACAAACACCUGCAGGAGGAUGAGUCAACAGACAUGGAGCCCAUAAGAAGGUGUGAUUCAGCCAGUGUGGGUACACUCCUCACCAGGACCUCACUUGCUAACACUACUGCCAGAAAAGGAUGGACUGAGGUCCCGUGCACCCGCCUGGACAAGGCGAUCACUUUCCGACUGCCCUCCCUGCGCGCCCGCUCUGUGCCCAUCAUCCCAUCACUCCAAGCAUGUGACGCCGAGGCCGGAGCUGCUUGCACAAAUGACCAAACAGGGCUUCUGAAGUGUCGCCCCGCGCCGUCAGGGGGGCUGGCAAAGCCCACCGGCAGUUCCCCCCCUCCGCCUGGGAAUGUCCUGUUGGAGACGGACAUUUCGACCGGCAGCACCAGCCCCCCCGCCGCCACACAAGCCCUGCUGGGAUCUGAGAAGAAUCUCGCAAAGGCAUCCCGCUCCGUGGAGCCCGCGGCGGAAAUUGGCCAAGAUUUAAAGCAGAAAAGCCUUUCCAGCCAAGAGAAAAUGUCCGGAUCUUACAGCAAGAGCCACCACGGUGGCACAAACACUCUCGAGGCUGAGGCUGAGACUGUGCUGGAGUCAGAAGGAAAAGGGGUCCGAUAUGUAGCCGGAGCUGUGCACACGGGGAGCGGAACCAGAGGUGUGAAGGUAGCGGGCCAAAGAGAAGUCCAGGGACAGUGCCAAGGUCAGACAUCACUCGCAAACAGAAGGGCAAACAGUUUCCUGGCCACCGACGCACCCAGCUGCAGAGGAACUGGAAACACUUAUGCCAAGCCCUCUGCGAGCUGAUUGGAUUAACUUUGUAAAGCUUCAAAGACACCAUUUCUAAAAACUGGAUACCUUUGCUGGUGGCUCGGAGGCGCUCGACUGCGGGACCAUCUGCGCGGCCACAUGGACCAGUAGCAGACGGCGAACAAUUCCGACAGAAGAUUAACAGAGUGCAUUGUUGUUGAGAUAAAAUAUUAAAGAAAAACUUGACACAAAAGACAUGAAACCACUAAGAGACAAACACACAUUGUGAAUAAAUGUGACUCAAUAAGAAAAAACUGAAGCGUGACUCGAGUGGAAGCUUGAUUUAAACAGUGUUCUGAAGAAGAAGAAAAAAACAUCACUAUUUAAAAAAAGCUUCUACUUAGAAACCAAAAUAGUGUGUCAUAACUAUGUUGUUUCUCUAUUGUAAAGAAAUGAAAUUAUAUAUGUCAUAUAAUAUAUGUCAUAUAGGCGUAUAUAUAUUUGACAUACAAUUGUGACAAAAUAAAGAAUAAGAUAACAGUGUUAA